AUGUGGUUUUCAAGGAGAAGACUUUUAUCUGUGAGACACAGUUUUCAUAAGUUGCAAACGACCCGGUUCAAUUCUUCCCUCACCUCGGAUCUGUUCUUCCCAACUACAGGUCGCUGGCCGUGGAACGAGCGUCGUAAGCGACAAGAACACACACAGAAAUUCGACCUCAGGGCUCUCGAACAUGUCAUAAUCAAGGCAGCGGGAUCAACAGCUGGUAUUACUGUUCGAUUUGAGAAGCUCGCGGAAGGCGCUUCCAAUAAAGUCUUCCUCGCCGUUGUUGGGGAACGGCGAUUGAUAGUUAAGAUCCCUGAUCCGGUUGACCCGCGAUGUUUGGUCACGGCAAGCGAAGUUGCCACACUUGAGUUCUUACGGUCCGAGUUGGAAGUGCCGGUGCCCAAGGUGUUUUCAUGGAGCGACAACAGCGACAACCCGGUCGGUUGCGAAUACAUCAUCAUGGAAGAGGCUCAGGGGAGAGCUUUGAACACCGUAUGGUCUCACCUCGAAAUACCAGAGAAACUCGCUAUCGUGGAUGAAGUGCUGUCUAUUCAAAGGCGGCUCGUUGCCACCAAACCUAUGUUUAGUGUGUAUGGGAGUCUGUACUUUCUUGAUGAUGCAGCCAAACUUGGUUUUUCUCGGCAUUUCUCAGUGAUAUCGACUUCUACCCCGACGUAUUGCAUCGGUCCAUUGGCACAUCAACAUUUCAUCGAACCAGCGCUUACAGCAUCUGGGGUGAAUUGUGGCCCCUAUCUUCACUUUGGCAAUUUGUUUGUAUCUCCGGAAGGAAAGAUUACCUGCAUCGUCAAUUGGCAGGGUACCGACAUCUUGCCGUUGUUCCUGGCGGUUCGAAUGCCCCAGUUUAUCGAUGUGGAACGCGAUGCACUUCUUCUGGAACUCCCAGAGAAUUUCUCGGCGAUGCCGGAAGCAAAAAGGCUUGAGCUUUGGGAGAGGUACCGCCAAUCAAUGCUCCAGCAGUAUUACCUGGCCGACCUCAGGAAGAGCGCUCCCGAUCUUGCUGCGGUGUUGGAGGACGAAGAAUUAUCCCCUAUUCGAAAGCAGGUAGAGGUAUUCGCCCGAAUCCCUUUCAGACAAGACGUCGAGGCCCUUCUCCUGAGGGAGACGCUCCUUCGAAUUCAGCGCCAUCUGUCUGGCUUCCUUCGCGAUGGAAAUGAUGCCGAGCAAUGCCCUAUCAAGAUCGAGGGCGACGAGUUGACCAAGCAUCAGAAGGACGGACGGCGUUACAACGAGUUUCAAGACCUCCUAAAGGCCAGGAACAUACCAGUCGCUGAAGAGGGUUGGGUUCCAUCGGAUGAGUUUACAGAACGGAAAGAUAACCUUAAAUCUGUGAUAGAAGAGACCGUUGAGUCUUUGGAGAGUGAACAGGAACGUCUAGAGUUUAAUGACCGGCUUCGUCAUUGGAACCUGACUGACUGGGAGACUACGUAG